AUGCCGCCCUCCGCGGCGCGCCCCGCGCUGCAGGUGGCUCGCUUAAGGAUGCGCGUCACCGACCGCAAAUUCCCUCGGACUGGUGCAAAGUGGAAAGGGGGGGAGCAUCCCUCUCCCCACCCGCAGGGGCUGUGCCGGGUCGCCGGUGCCUGGCGCAGCGCUGCGGCCGAGCCCACGUGCCCGCCGUGGUCCGCAGCCCGCGCUCCGCCGCGCCCGGUGCUCCCCAACUGUGGCGGGGGAGACUGGGCGCGGUUCCACCCGGGAGGUCGCAGGGGCUCGGCGGCCCCCGACUGGGGAGGAGGCACGACCUGA